UUUGAUUUCUAUAUUUUAAGAUUAUACUUAUUACGCAUUUCCACAGAAUAGUCUCUUGUAUCUGAAAGAGAUCUUUCUCCUCUACAUAUUAAACUCCCCCUCAAUCAUUUCCCGAUAAUUGAUUAAAUACUGUGCACGAAUGAAACAGCAACAAAUCAAACAGCAUCUCGCGCCAUCUACCCAACAGCCCCUACUACACGACAAAAAUCUCACCUCCAUCCAAAAUUGCUAUUUGGACUCUAAACAGCGUUCUCCGGCUUCUAAGCGGGACAAUUCUCCGGUCAGAGGUGAACAUUCCCAAUCUGACUCCGAUCCUUCUGGUUCUAGAGGGGACGGGAAUGAUGAUAGCGAAAAUAGUCCCUCGCCUGUCACAAUUCUCGGUAAAGCGAGUCAAAUCACCACCAAUAAGAAGGAUCGCGAGGCGGCCAUAAUUAAAGAAGAUAAGGAGGAAGUACUCUGUUCUGACGACGAGGAUGAGCAAGAAGAUCCUCAAGAUUAUUGCAAGGGUGGAUACCAUUCUGUCAUGAUAGGUGAUUUAUUUAACGAAAGAUACCACGUGAUUCGCAAAAUGGGCUGGGGACACUUUUCUACCGUUUGGUUAUGUUGGGACAUCAAAAGUAAAGGAUUUGUAGCUAUGAAAGUCGUCAAAAGUGCAUCUCAUUACACGGAAUCGGCUUUGGAUGAAAUUAAGCUCUUGAGAUGCGUUAGAGACACGGCCCCCAAUAAUUCCUACAGAGAAAAGACUGUCCAACUUUUAGACGAUUUUAAGAUCACUGGUUUAAAUGGAACACAUGUGUGCAUGGUAUUCGAAGUGCUUGGCCACAAUUUGCUGAAGCUCAUCAUUAGAUGCAGUUAUAGAGGUAUCCCGUUAAUUAACGUCAAGCGAAUUAUUAAACAAGUACUACAAGGUCUUUACUAUCUGCACUACAAAUGUCGUAUUAUCCACACCGACAUUAAACCAGAAAAUAUUCUAAUCACUAUACCAGACGAUUAUGUGCGAAAAUUGGCUCUCGAAACUAUAUUUUGUAUCAAUGCGGGACACAAAUUACCAAUUUCACAACUGAGCACAGACCCUCUCCAUAAAAAUGAAAAGCCUGAUACUUAUUACUUGAAUAACUUGGGUGGCCAUCAAUCUCCUACUACGUCAUCACCUCUCAUGCCUAAAUCAAAUCAUUCUCACGCCGAAAACGAAAUUGCUCAACAACACACGCCACUCAAACAACAGAAUCAACAACCGCUCACGCCUAAUAGCGUUAGCAAAGCCAAAAAGAGUCACAAAAAGAAAAAAAACAAUAAUAAGAAAAAAUUGAAUGAACAAGGUGAAAAUUUAAUUUCCAAAAACUUCACUGCCUAUAACACCACAAUUCCCGCCUCACCAGAUAAUACAAUUAUCUCGCCUAAUAUCGCCGUCGCUACCUUAACCGAAAACAUAGACGAUUUCGAUACGUCUACCGUUUACUCCUCUCAGAAUAGUCACUCCAUGAAGCCCGGAAUUUACUACCCCUCGUCUUUCGCUGGCUCCUGCACUCAAAAAAUGUCACAGAAUAAGAAGAAAAAAAUCAAGAAAAAGAUUAAGAAGCAACAACAAACUAACUUACCAUCGCAGCAGACACCACAAUCACCCAAUGACGUGAUGGUGGACGGUAAAGAAGGCGAUAAAAGAAGAUUUGUUUGUAACGGAGAUUUGUGCAGCUUAGAAUCUAACGAAAUUACAAAUAACAUUGAUGACUAUACCGAUGCUUUUAAUAUUAAAGAUGAUGUAAUAUAUCCCGCUACAGGCCCCAUAUCUUUCGACGUCAUACUGAAAGACAUAGAAAAAUAUGCGAUAAUCCCAAAGCGACAAGAUUUAAAAAUUAUAGCUCAUUUAGCUGGUGACAACGCCAACAACCAUUCAGAGCAACCAGCUGGACUAAAUUCUAACUCAAAUAGCAGCAGCGUGUUAUCGUCCAAUCAAGAUAAUACGAGCGAAACUUCCUCUUCUUCUGUGUAUUUUUCUUCCCAUUCUCAACCAUGCACAGCUUUGAAUGGGGCGACUAAUAAAACUAAAAAAACUUAUUACAAUAACUCUGGAACUAAUUAUUUCAAAGUUGUUGAUAAAGAUAUGGUUGAUUAUGGCAAUGUAGCGCGUUCGCGUAAUAAAAAAGAGGAACCUAUUACUCUUCCCGCUGAAAAUAUAACGAUUUCUACUAAACCAACUGGCCCUGAUCCGGCUCUCGAAGACAGCCCAAACCUAAGGGUUAAAAUAGCGGACCUUGGAAACGCCUGUUGGGUUCACAAACAUUUCACUGAGGAUAUUCAAACGCGGCAAUAUAGAAGUUUGGAGGUCUUGCUCGGCUCAAGCUACGAUUCUUCUGCCGAUAUUUGGAGCACAGCUUGCAUGGCUUUCGAGCUGGCUACUGGUGAUUACUUAUUCGAAGCCCAUUCAGGUAAGGAUUAUUCUCGAGAUGAAGACCAUAUCGCCCUAAUUAUAGAACUUCUCGGUCAUAUACCUUCAAGCAUUGCUCUAGGCGGUAAAUAUAGCAAAGAAUUGUUCAACAAACAAGGUAGGUUAAAACGUAUCACCAAUUUGCGUCCUUAUUCCCUGUUCGAUCUUUUAACCAAUAAAUACGAUUGGGAUUCCACUUGUGCUAGAGAAUUUUCGGAUUUUUUGCUUCCUAUGCUCCAUUGCGAUUCUAGUAAAAGAGCAACUGCUGGCGAAUGCUUAGUCCACCCAUGGUUCAGUGAUACCUGAAUAAUCUUUUUUUAAAAAAAUGAACCAAAUUUAUAUUAAUCUUAAUUUGCGAGUUUGAAUAAUGAAUUUAGGCAAAAUAUAUUUUUUAAAAAAUUAUAGAAAUUUCUCGCGAAAUUAACUGUUUUUUUUUAUCGAGAUACUUCAAGCGCUAAAUUUAAAGAAAUACACUUCAAAAAGAUAACGAUGCACUUAACGAAUUUCUUUACUUUACCCCCCCCCCCCCCCCCCUCUUUAGUAAUAACAAAAAUUUAAUGAUUUUUUUAAAAAAAUGGUUUUUUAAAAGAAAUAUUUAUUCUGAACUUUAUAAAAUUAGUAUUUUUAUGAAAUAAUUUAUUAUACGAGUCAUUCUCAUCUUUUCUUUUUUUCUAGCUAGAAUUUUGUAUAUUUAAAUCCCAGCCCAUUCUAUUCCUUUUUAUAAUUUUAGGAAAAUCAGUGAUAAAAACACACCUCAGUAUUUUUGCCUUUAUGUUGAAAACAAAAAUCUAUAUGACAAAGAAUAAUUAUUGCCAGAAC